AUGUCUUCCUCCGAUUCAUGUUCUGAUAUUCAAAUGCUUUCUUCAUCGCCUUCAUUUAACACAAACACGAGAACAAAAUAUGUCAUCGGUAUUUGUGCCAUGGACAACAAGGCACGUUCGAAGCCUAUGAGUAAUAUUUUGAACAAACUUCUCGCUUAUGAAGAAUUUGAAACUGUGAUAUUUGGUGAUAAAGUGAUCCUGGAUGAAG